AUGCCCCUCGUCGCCCAGAACCCGGUCCCAAGGGUAAUCCUUGGGUUGAUGACCUAUGGUAAAGACGAGUCGAAAGGCGGUCGAGUUACAUCACUAGAGGAAUUCAACAAGCACCUGGAUUACUUCCAGCAACAAGGCUUCAACGAAGUCGAUACUGCGCAGUUGUACAUUGGAGGAACCCAAGAAAGGUUCACGGCGGAAGCGAAGUGGAAAGACCGAGGUCUAACCCUUGCGACAAAAGUCUACCCCGUGGCUCCUGGUGUCCAUAAGCCUGAUGUUCUCCGCGAGAAGUUCGAGACAUCUCUGAAGGAGCUCGGGACAAGCCAGGUCGAUAUCUUCUACCUACACGCAGCUGACCGGUCUGUCCCAUUUGAUGAAACAUUCGAGGCUGUCAACGAGCUGCACAAAGAGGGCAAAUUUGUGCAACUGGGAUUGAGCAACUAUACUGCUUUUGAGGUUGCAGAGAUCGUCACUCUCUGCAAUGAGAGAGGCUGGGUACGACCGACUAUCUACCAGGCCAUGUACAAUGCUAUCACGCGCUCAAUCGAGACUGAGCUGAUUCCGGCUUGCAAACGUUACGGUAUUGAUAUUGUCGUUUAUAACCCUUUGGCUGGCGGGAUCCUCUCUGGCAAGUAUAAAACGAAGGACAUCCCCGCAGAGGGCAGAUAUAGCGACACCGCCGCAAGUGGUAGCUUGUACCGUAGACGGUACUUCCGCGAUGCGACGUUCGAAGCCUUGUACAUCAUCGAGCCUGUAACGCAAAAGCAUGAGCUUACACUGCCUGAGACAGCCUUGCGUUGGAUCCACCAUCAUUCUAAGCUCAACAUCAAGGACGGUCGAGACGGAAUCAUUAUUGGGGUGAGCAACUUCAAUCAGCUAGAAAGCAACCUCAAAGAUGUUCAAAAGGGUCCCCUUCCCGAGGAGGUAGUUGAGGCGCUAGACAAGGCGUGGUUGGUUGCGAAAGCGACCGCUCCGGAUUACUGGCAUCUUGAUCUCAUAUAUACAUAUGACACCCAGGAAGCAUUGUUCAAGCGAAAGUCGAAGGCAUAG